AUGCCCGUCAUACCGUGGGCUGUCUACGGGGAUGGGAUCCGCAAGGAAAACGGAGAAGUAGAUACCUGCUGUUUCACCGUCACGGCCCCGAAGCAGCAGCCUUCGCCUCUUCUUGCCGCUGCGGGGCGCUCACCGCCGUUUUUGAGGGAGCGCCGCCACAAGCAGCAGCACAAGCAGGAUCUGCAGCAACCCCUAGUUAGCAAGCUGCUUAGGGAGGCUCUCGAAGAAUGUAGUGAGGAUGAAGAAGACGCCACAGCGAAUAGCAGCGGCGUCAACAGCAGCGGCCAGUUGCCGACCCCCGUUGUUGUGCCUGCUAUCUUCGGCAGGUACCCAUACGACGGUUUUUCUGCCUCCGCUUCCGAGGUUCCAUCCACUCUGUUACGGUGUAAACGGGCAGAGGAGCAGCAGGAGGCGCUGCUGCUAGCAGCAGCAGCAGCGGUCUCCGCAGCAAUGCAGCAGCAGUUACAGGGCAUCUGCCGAAUAGUGCGCACCCAUGCAGCUGUAGGCGCCCUGGAGCUGCAGCAGCCCCACAUCAGCAGUUGCAGCAGCACUACCAGCAGAAGGCACAACGGUAGCCUCUGCGAGUUUCUGCCUGUGGUCAUAAUGCAUGUGGGAGCAGACGUCGAGGACCACCGGUUGGCUGUUCGGAUGUUGCAGCUGCAGCUGCAGCAACUCUCUAAGUGCUGCUGUGGGGGUCGCCGCAGUAGCCGUGGUAGUCGCGGCAGCAGCAGCGCUAGCAGCAAAGAUGAGCUGUUUCUCAGGCAAGUCGUGUUAAGGGCCAACAGUUGCACGAAUGCGCAAACGGCCUUGCGUACAAUGUACGGACAGCUCAAGGCGAGUAGCUGCUGCAGUACAUGUAUUGGCCGCAGCGGGAAUGGCAGCAGGCAGGAGAAGGAAGUGGAAAGCGAAACAGGAGCAGUAGCAGAAGAGAUUGCUGCUGAUGCUGCGGCUGCUGCGGCUUGGGGUGAAUUUGACGGCGUUUGGGCGCAACAGCAACAGCUGCUACUGCUGCGGUGUCUUGAGGGGAUGACAGGUGACGACAACAACGCUGGCACAGGCCCAGCUCAGGCUACAGCAACUGAAGAGGAUGAGGGGGCUUACUGGGGACACGACAUCAGCAGCAGACUGGGGCAGCUCUGGCAAAAGCAAUUACAGCAACACAGCAGGGGCUUCUGCUGCAUAUCGCGCUGCAAGGGGGAUGGAUCCACAGUAAAAACACGCUCUCAGCACUUAGCUGCGACCGGUAACAGCGGCAGCAGUAGUGACGACAGCUCGUCCGAAGACGGUGGAGCAGACGACAGACCCACCAGGGCUCAAGAAGACAGAAGCAGAAGCAACAGCAGCAAUAACAGUGUACUAGUUGUUGUGUUGGAGGAGCUCGAGGCAUUUGCCCCACGCGUCCUUUCUCAGGUGCUGCUGCUGGUGUCACUGCUACGGUCACAGCAGGGAAUCCCUGUAGUGGUGUUAGCGUCGGCUGCUGCGUCUGCUAUAGCAAUACAGCAGCUGCUGGAGCCUUCAACUUUGCGAAUGCUGCAAAUUGAUGCUGCAGCUCUGCUGCGGCCGUCUGCAGUACACGAUGCGCUCCUGCAGUUACUGCUGUGCUGCCCGGCGAGCACCCUGUUUGUCCUGCCAGCUGCAGCCAUAGAGGAACUGCAGCAGCUGCUUCUAGACCAAGGGGCAUCUGUGCUGCAGCUGCUGCGGUUAGUGCGCAUGAUGCUUUACAAGUUUUUCGCAGAUCAUCCCUUUUCUUUCAUUUCAUUGGAUGCUCGCGUCGCCGCUGCUGCACUCUGCAGCCCCAGCACCAGCAAUACCAACAUUGACACCCGCAGCAGCAACAACAGAGGCAGCCGCAUCAUAGGCAGCAGCAAAGAGAGCACUCCAUCAGCAAAAGGUGGUGCUGACGGUGCAUCUGGUGACCAAUCCGCUGCAGCAAGGCUAGCAGUUCUUGAGUGGCGGCUAGCCCUGUUGGCUGCUGCUGUACUGACGCCGCACCAGGAGACGGUCCUACUGCAGCAAAUAACUAAAUUUCAGCACCUACAUGCGGAGUUGCGCACAACAGCCACAGCAAGACUGGAAUCUCCUUGUUGCAGCUCCUGGCGGGCGCAGCAGCAGCAGCAGGAAGGGUGCAACAGAACCCCAGCGUGUGCACCCAUUGAACGGGCGUUGGGAAUGCUACAGUACUGGUGGGACAGCGCGGGUACAUCAGCGGCAGCAGAUCAAAAGCAGUCUUUAGACCGGCGGCGCGCUGCGCUGCAGCGAGAGUUGCUACCGGCUGCAGCUCUGCAGGUACUGGAGCGUCGCAUAGCAGCAGGGUUGGGCAUGCGGCUACUGGUUGUGCUGCAGCAACACGUGAUGCAACAGCGCCAAGCCUUCGCUCUCAGUGCAUCCGAGACUGCUGCUGCUCUUCAGAGCCUCGAUAGUAGUAGCAGCACUCUUCCUGCAGUUAAUCUGCUACUGCAGAUCCUAGGUGGCAGCGGCAGGACCCCUGGCUACCACGACUAUUUGCUGCAGGGAAAGCAGCUGACUUCUGCUCCUGCAGCAGCUCACGUCGUUUCCCUGAUCUGCGAGGAAGUGAAGCGGAUAGCUGGGGCUUGUUGCCGUGUCGGGGGUCUCGUCACAACACUUGUCUCAGAAGCCCUAAAUGCUGCUGCUACAACCCGAAGGGUUGCCGCAGUCCCGAAGGCUUUGCUACUCGCGCUACAGCAGUUUUGCCGCCAAACAAAGAGGGAAUGGGCCCUGCUCCUGCAGCUAGAAGAACGCAUGCAGCACCACCAGCAGCAGCAGCGGGUAUAUGGGAUAAAAAAGGCUGCUGAACUCCACAGGAUUAUGAACAAACUCAUGGAACUCCUGCAGCUGACAUGUGACCAGCAGCAGCGACAGCAGCAGUCUCAACAAAACGCGCCUUCUGCGUUCGUUUCUGGGCUAAAAAGACGCGCUAGAGCUAUUCCAUUGUCUUCUACGGAGGGUCUUUGCAGCAGCAACAGCGAUAGCGGCCUUUGCGGUCGUUUCCAAAGCUGGGCCAGGGAAUGCUUGUUGUAUUGUCUGCUGCCACUCUUGCAGUGGCACCCACUAGGUUGCGAAUUAGGGGUGUGGUCGUUGUCUGUUGCUGCAGCAGAACAGCCGCAGUUCUUUGCUGCUGCCCUCGCAGCUCCCCGGUCUCCGACACAUCGCGCAGAGGCAGGAGCGGCAGAUACUCUCGCCCGUCUGCAGCCGCUGCAGCCUAUUGAGGUGCUACAGGAGCUGGCAUGUCUCAGUGGGAGUGCGUUGGAAUAUCACCAGCAAGCCGCAGUGCCAACAGCAGGGAGGGGAGAGAUCAAGCAAGUGCACGCCGCUCUUGAUGAUACAGGGCUUCUCUACCGCCGUAUUGCCUUCAGCAGCCGACGCAUUUCCUUGUGGUCGCUUUUUUGUCUUUUUUGCACCGACUUAGUUGGCGCUUAUAAACAGAAUUGGCUUCACCACCACAAGCAGCAGCAAAAGCAGCAACAGAAGUGUAUUGCAGCAAAGGGCAAGGGGCGGAGAGCUGAGAAAGUUGCAAAGAAAGAGGAAGGCUCAAAUGCAGGGCUCAGCGAAGAGGCUGACUCUGUGGAGAGAAAGGCGCUGGCUGUGCUGCAGCAGGAUGCGGAGGUCUCAUGCCCAGGUGGUAUUGCAGGUCCUAAGUCUUUGCUGCAGCACAUUUUUCUGCGGUUUGGUGUUGCUCUUUGCUCGCUCGAGCACUUGGGACUUGUCAGGCUUCCGGGAACAGGAGUGUCCGCGGAUGACCUGCUGCUGCGCACGGCUGUAAAGGCGCACGCAGCAGACACAGCACAUGCAGACGCGGAAGACCACCUAGAACUGCUGAUGGACGCCCGUGCAUCAGAGGACCCAGACUCGUCAACUGAGGCAGCAGGGGACGACCCCAAAGAGCACCAGUAUCAACAGAAAGAGCGGGGGCAGCCCACUUUGGGACAAAAACCACGACUGCAUAGGACUGUCAUUGCUUCAGCGGACGCGUUUCAGCUGCAGCAGCAACUGCAGGGUCUCUGCCUGACACGAUGCCUCUUCGGGAGUGUUUACUUCUCAGAACUUCAAGAGGAGGCAGAUGCGAAAAGUCAACAAGCCGACUCAAACGGUGAUCAGAAGCAAGAAGUGCCUCAGCAACAGCAGGAGCAGCGGCGGCAGCGGCGGAAGCAGACAGCAUAA